AUGUCAACGACAAACGACAAUUAUUGUCUAACAUCGUCCUCUUCAUCCUCGUCUUCCACAACUACAACACCAAGUGGAUUAUUAAGAUCAGAAUCCAGACAUUUAACAGCAUCAUCAUCUCAUGGUAUUCCUGAUGUAUUAGGAAAUGAACAAAUUGAUUUGAAUCGGUUGAAAAAAACUGCGUCACUCAAUCAUACAAAUAUUCCCAAAACUCCACGAAUACAUCGUACGCUGUCAACAUUGGAUAGUGUUUUAAAUGUCUUAGAAGAACAUGGGAGAACAUCUAAAAUCGAAAUCGAUAAUCUUGUGGAAGAAGUAGAGAAAGGUCAACAUCAUUUAACUCGAAAAUUACAUGAAUCACAAACUCAAUAUCUUAAAUUGCAAGCUCAUACGGCUAGUAUUCAAAGUUUGAAAGAAUGUUAUUGUCGAUAUGUGAAACUAUUGGAUGGUGCACGAACAAUGUUUAAUGCUUAUCAAAAUUCAAAGAAGCCAAUAUCGUUAGUAUCAACAACUUCGCAAGUAAAAUUAGGUUUAAAAGAGUGCACUCAAACGUUAUGUGCAAUUGAAGCACAAUUGGAAUCGAUGCUUGGCACAUUUGUAUUAAAAUUAAAUGAAAUUACUGGUUUUUCUCGAAUAUGCGUCGGUGAUGAAUAUGAAAUCAUUCUACGUUAUGGUCAACAAAAACAUAAAACAAGAGGAAAAAUACAGCGUGAUAAAACGCAGACGUGGAGUAAAAAUCUAUUUUCUUUGAAAGCAAAAUUAGCUGAUUUGUUAUUUAUUAAAGUUAGUGAAAUCAAACUAUUGGGUACAUUGCAUACAGUCGGAAUUAAGUGUUUUGAAGUAAAUAAUUUGUAUUCGAUCAAUCAACAACGAAUGGUUGUCAAUGCCAAUCAAGCGGCAACAAUCAAGUUACAAUUUGUUGUCUUUUGGGAUAUGUACCAUCAGGUUGAUACUAAAUUUACUUAUUAUAAUCCAAAUCGCUCUUAUUCUGAUGUUACACGCACGUGGUCAAUGUUUAUUGGUAAUAGCACAUUAUUACGUACAGUUAACGAUACAUUAUCGAAUCGUCCAGUACCUUCCAGUCUAUUCAGUUCGCCUUCAUCAUCGCCAUCAUUAUUGAUUGCAAAACGUGUAUCAUCAUUUUGGCCAGUUGAAAAUGAUCUGUUUCAAAUGGAAUUGAAACAGCGUUUACAAACACAAAAUGAGACAACAAAAUUGCCAGUAUAUGCUGAAUGUUCAAAUGAAGAAUCUCUUUCAGCUGACGCAGAAGCUGUUUAUGAUGAAAUCGAUUCAUUGGCUAAAAAACAGCAUGAUAAUACUCACAUGCAAUUAGAAGAGACUAUUGAAAAGAAAGUGGACGAUCUACAGUGUUCACCUGAUGUACCGACUACAACCACAAUAAUAUCGAAUAGCAACAAAUCAACUUUAGAAGAAAAUAAACAAUCGGAAGAAUUUGUUGAUAUGAGAAUAUCAAUAAUACCAAGUGAAAAUGAUGAAAAUCAUCAAUUACGUUCAGAAGAAGCAAUAAACAAUAAAAUACCAGCAUUAUUAAUCGAAGAACCAUCGACACCAACAAAUGUUGAAGAAGACAAAAAUAAUAUAAAUACACAAGAAGAUGAAGAAGCAAUAGAGCAUAAUACAGAGAGUGACUUCCACGAUGAAAUUCAUGAUCGAUCACGUUCUUUAUCGUUAGGCAUCGAUUCAUUAGACGGUGAUAAUAGUGUUUAUGAAUUAGAAAUGUUGAUUCAACAGAUUAAAACAUGUUUAGAUGAUAUAAGAUUAGAAAAUGAACAAAUUGUUUUUGAUCAAUUAGAUGAAAAUAUGUGUGAUUUAGAUUCAACAAUAAAACAUUCUAUACAUGAACAAACAGAACGAAAUUUAGAAAUUGAAGAUGUCAUGGAAAGUUUUGAAUUUUUAAAUGAAAUAUCUGAAGAAGUAGAAGAACAGCAAUAUCAAACAAAUAUUACUGAACACGAAGAAGAAUCAAAACAGCAAGCAAUUGGUGUUACUAUUGACGAUGGUGCAAUAUCAGAUCAUUCUGAUUUUGGUCAGAAAACAAUUGAUUCGGGUUUCGUUGAGUCAUCAAGACCUUAUACUCCGGCAUCAGCUAUAAGUGCAACGACGACAAAUGAAUCGAUCAAUGUAGUUAUUGUUGAAUUAUUAGGAAUUGUUUUAAAAUUAUUAUACUAUAUACAAAAUCGACUGAAUAUUUUGAGAGAUUCUGAAAAUUUAACAGUUAUAAAAAAAUUACUGGAACAAAUUGCACAAUUAAAAGUAGCUUUAUUAUGGUGUAAAAAUGAAGUUCGAGAUGUUAAACAAGCAUUAACAUUAUCAAAAUGUUUACAUAUAGAUGAAAUUAUUGAUUUUUGGAAUCUAUGUAUUUUGGAUCAUAGUAACAAUUUUUAUUCAUCAUAUGAUCGUUGUAUAUCUCAGUUAACAAAUUAUAUCAAAGAAUUUGAUUGUGUUAAAUCGAGUUAUCCGGAUGAUGAUCAAUCUUCAUUGACAGCUCUUAGUGAACAUAUACUCUCAAAUCUUUGUUGUUUACCGUAUAUAUUUAUUCGCCCAAAACAUGUCUCGCUCUUACAAAUCUUAUUUUUAUUUAAUGAUAAACAAAUGUUCGAACAAAAUUUAAAACUCUCUAUUGAACAAGUUAAUUUUGCCAAAAAUAUUGUUAAUAUGAUUGCGAAUAAUGAUUAUAAAAAUCUUGCAAUGAUGUUAAAUAGAAAUACAUUAAAUAACAUCCAACUUAUCGAUCAGAUAAUAACAGAGAUGAAUUAUAAGAUCCCAGAUGAAUUUAUAAAUGAACUAUCAACAGAAAUUCGUCUAGAAUUAAUUAAUCAAUUAAAAUCAUUAUUAAACAAAAGUGGACCGUCCGUUCGUUUGGCUAUACAUAAAACAAUUCUUCGUUUUUUCGAAUUAAGUGGUGUUACAAUGGGUCACAAUAAUCGAAAACUUGCGCAGAAAGUUACAUCAAAACAUCAAAAGAAACCAAAAACUGUUAAAACAAAUUUAAAACGUUUAAAUGAACAUGUUCGAGAUAAAGUUGAUCAAUUGGAUAAAACCUUGACAAGUAGUGACAAUAGUAAAACGUCUCUCAAUGUUGAUAAAUCAACAAUAAAUGUAACAAAUCCACUUAGAGAAAAAUUACAACGUGAUUGUGAAAAACAAACAAUGUCAAUAGACGUAUCGACAUUAGUAAGCGAUACAACUGAUAAGUUAGCUACAAUGCAAUGA